CCUGGGGCAGUGCAGAGGCCUGGCCCGGUGGGCGGGGCCCGGGCAGCCAUUGGCGGCUUCGAAAGCGCCUCGGCGGGAACAGCUGUAGUCGCGGCGGGCGAUGUGGAGCAGCGGGCCAAAGAGAUGGAUGAGAAUGUUGCUGAGUUUCUCCGAAGGAGCAUCUUGAAAAUCCCCUUGGGUGAGAUGAAGACCAUCCUAAGUGCCUGGAACUUUUUAUCUGAAGACCAACUGCAGACUGUAAACUUGCGGCAGAGAAAGGAAUUUCUAGCCCAGGAAAUAAUUCUGAUGUGUGAGGAGAAGUGUGCAAGUGUUGAUGACAUGGCCCUUUUAGACAUCGUGUAUACUCAAGUUCAUCGGCACCAGAAGCUUUGGAAUGUCUUUGAGAUGAGUAAAGAGCCAGGAGAAGAUGUUGACCUUUUUGACAUGAAACAGUUCCAAAGUUCCUUUAAGAAAAUUCUUCAGAGAGCAUUAAAAAAUGUUACUGUCAGCUUCAAAGUCGAUGGGAAGAAUGCCGUGUGGAUUCGGAUUGCCUGGGGAACACAGUAUUCACAGCCAAACCAAUACAAACCCACUUUUGUGGUGUAUUAUCCCCAGACUCCAUAUGCCUUCAUUUCCUCCUGCCGUCUGAAGAGCACUGUACCCCUGCUCCAUCAGGCCCUGAAAGUUGCUACCAAACACCAUCAAAUCGUGCAGCUGGAUCUGAGAAGCCGGCACCUGGACUCGCUCAAGGCUAUCGUUUUUAGAGAGUAUGAUCAGACCUUUGAAAAUCACAACUCUACAGUGCCUCUACAAGAAGGAAGCCUUGGACUAAACAUGAGUUUGGAUUCAAACAUCAUUCAUGAAAACAUGGAAGAAAAAGAAAGAAUCCACAGAGUCACUCAGGACACGUUUGGAGCCUAUCCCCAGCCACAGCUGGAAUUUGCACAGUAUAAGCUGGAGACCAAAUUCAAGAGUGACAUCAGUGGGGGCAUCUUGGCUGACAGGAAAGAACCCCUACGGUGCCUUAUAAAGUUCUCAAGCCCACACCUUUUGGAAGCAUUGAAAUCCUUAGCACCAGCUGGUAUAGCAGAUGCACCGCUUUCUCCGCUGCUCACCUGUAUACCAAAAAAGAAAAUGAAUUAUUUUAAAAUUAGAGAUAAAUGAGACAGAUGUGGCUUUGCUUAUAUUAUACUUGCAGUUCUAGUUAUGGCUGGCUGGCUUCUGUGUAUAAUCCUGUGUUUUAGAAAUCAGUCCUUGGCAUUGGAAAUUCAAUGCUUUAAUGUAAGUAUUGGGACUAAAUAUGUCCUCCCUAUGUCCUGUCUUCUAAGUACAGCAGCUGGGAGUACUUGAGAAGUGCUCUCUCUCUCUCUCUCUCUCUCUCUCUCUCUCACACACACACACACACACACACACACACACACACACACACACACACACACACACACACGAGAGGCUUCGGUUGACCUUAACACUGGGAUGCUCAGAAGUCAAGCCUAUGACACAGUGGCUGAUCCUGCUGGCAUCACAUCUACUUUAUCCCACUCCUUCUUAUCCUAGGAGGUCUAGUCUCAGUUGCAAUUUUUUCUGAAAUUUCUAAAACUACGCAGCCCAGAACUUGUAGGAGAGUCAGAGGGAAGAGCUGGGUACAUUAAGCUACUACAGAGACCGCAUAUCUGAUGGCUUGUUUCUGUAAAAUAGCUGUUCUGUUGUAUAUAUGUGGAACAUUCAAACUGAACUUCACCGUUAUACUGAUUUAUGAAUAAAGAUAUUGGCAAACUGGCA